AGGCACAUACAUAGUUGGUUCUACGUACUUGCAUAACUAUUUUAGUAAAGCUUAAAAUUUUCAGCUGAAUAAAAAAUGCCUGCUAGUCCUAUUGCUAAGAUGCGCGCCCGUGCCAAUCAACCGAUUCGUCGGUUGAGUGAAAUGGAGAAGCAACAACGCCGUCAGGAGGCGGAAAAAAGGAGGUCCAAAGUACCUCGGUAUGCUGUAUUGGUGUUUUCAUUCCUCCUGGUAGGAUCCAUUUUUGUUGAGAUCUACUUUUAUGUCUUGUCUUCGCCACGUAUAAAGAAUUAGAAUGUUUUAGACUAUGUAAGGGGUAAACCUUGAAGGUUUAGCCAAGCUGAUUCACGUAGAUUAUUCAAUUUUUCAUGUUUAUUAGCUCUGGAAAACCUUCCUCAAUAUUGGCUACAUAAAAACAAAGAGGAUAAUUGGUAUACUUCGGGGGAUAUUAUUAGCAUCUCUAAAUAUAUAUGUAUUUUUCCUAUAAUGUUUAAUAAUCCUAACACUUGGUGGAAUCUGAGCAUCGCAAUUGUAGCA